GUUUGACAGGUGCGUCUGACAUCACGACAACCACGUGAUCAAAACAUGGAGACCUCCUUAUGAAUGAAAUAGUAGUGAAUUUAUGGCCGAAUAGAUUAGAUUGGAUAAAAUACAGCAUCUGUAGUUGAUAAUUGAAAAUAGGACACGUUCCGAGUCGACGUUCAUUUAUUUGCAGACACCGAGACAGUAUCUGAUCUGUAACCCUCAUUUUGCCGUGCAAUAAGCAAUCACAGAAACAUUUCAUCAUGUCUGGUGGUGAAAAUAGCAGUGAUCUAGACACUAUUCCAUUGUCUAGCGACGGUGAACAUGGGGAGAAUCAACAGAACAAUAUUCACAAUUCUGUGAAGGAAGAGAACACAAAAAAUGAAGGUCUAAGCAUAAAUACUCAAAUCUCAAGUCUGGAUCCUGAUAUUAAUCAAGAUGAGUGGGAAGAAAAACAAAAACUUAUCUCACAGGUUUUGGAACUGCAAAACACACUUGAUGAUCUGUCUUCACGUGUGGACUGUGUGAAAGAAGAGAAUCUGAAACUCAAGUCGGAGAAUCAGGUACUGGGUCAGUAUAUUGAGAAUCUCAUGGCGGCUAGCAGCGUGUUCCAGUCAACAUCACCAAAAGCAAAAAAGAAAUAAGACACCAGGAUUGCACCACUACAUGUACAAAAUGACAACUGGUAAAACAACUUUAGUGUAUUGCAAAGCUUCUUCCAAUGGCUAGAAGAAUCCACGCGUAUCAUCAAUUUCUUUUGGCAGAAAUAACAUGGAAUCUUUUUUUUUAGUUACUUUGGUCGAGUCAUUAAUCCAUUUUAAUCUGUAAAUAAUGCUAUUGUGAGACCAGAAAGACUACACACCCAUGUGUUGGUUUAGUGAGGAUAUUAUGUAAACGAUUAUGGAAGUCCAUCAGGUUAUGUGCAAAGCAUUUUGUGCAUGUCAGUUCGAUUAUAAACACCAGAGCUUUCUAUAAAGCAGGAUGGUGCGAAUACUAUUAAGCAUUGUGUUUGCUUAAUUUUGUGCAAUACUUUUUAUUUAUACGUUAUUAUAUACUCUAACAAAUUUCAGAAGUUUUAUUCAUGCUGUGUACAUUUUUAGUGGAGCUGUGAUGGAAAUUUUAUGGUCUGUAUACUGUAUAUAAUAUAUCAAAGAUUGUGCUAAUUUCCUUCAAGGAAGAGUUGAGGAUGAAUAAAUGUGAUCUUUUUUGGUACAAAGUUUGUAGAAAAGCUAAAUGUAAGUUCAUAACCCAGAUAUGCACUAUUUCAUAUCAAAACAAAUGAUACUUUACUGAAGAUAUAAUAAGUCAGGUACUGCUUGUUUUCACUUUUAAAAAACAAAACCCUUUUUUCCUCCUUACAAUUAUAAUUGCCCAAUACUGCAGUGUCUUGCUUUCUUGCCAUGUUAUUUAAUAGCUUAUUUUAAAUACUAGUAUCCAGUCAUAACCAUGACAUUGUAUUGAUGGGUUUCCAUGUAAUAUGAAAUACAAAAUAAAUUACAAAGUAAAAUGGUUACUUUUCUAAUAUCAAAUUUUGGUUCAGUAAAAUCACGUUUGGUCCAGAAAGCUACAAAUUCUUCCCAAAUCAAAUCUGGUCUACCAGUAGAUCUAACAGCAUUGCGUGGACUCCCAUGUCCAUGUGACAUUUCAUCUAUAAAUAACCAUUUAAAUAUCAGCCAAUUACACAUCGUUUUUUAUAGCGUUAUUCGGGAGCAUACAAAUUCUAAAAAUAUCGGGCGAGACUAUUUAUGCAAUAGGCAAACUUGUUGGUCUAUUUCAACAUUAAAAAAACGGGGAAAAAGUGCAGUAAUAAACUCUG